UCAGUGAGAUGAGAUCCGCCCAGAGAAAUAAAGGUUUAGUGUUUUACUGCAUGAUCAUCUCGUGCCUUGUUUGUCUGAAUAAAACGUCACAGUACUUUUCCGUGGUGCUGUCUCGACUUUCACUGAAGGAUAUGAGUACGUCGCUCUCCACACACCUUCGUCUCCAGACGGGAUUUCCUGUCUACGUUUGAGGGCGGUGCCGGAUUAAGAAACCCCCGCCCGGCUCCCAGCACUGGUACUGGGACAUGAACUGGGACAUGAACUGGGGGAAUGGGACUGAGGAAACCAGGGAGAGCGGCACACUCAUCCUUAUCAUGGUUACCGGGAGCUUUGUUUCCUGCCUUCAUUGUUUAGGAUGAGCAGGAAGGAUGAGCCAUCACGAAACCACGGCUGUUAUUCCUUUAUUUAGUCCCGCUGUUGCUGUGAUGUGUUUCUGUUGCGGUUGAACAGGAUUAAUCACUUAACAGCAUCGUACCAGGCUGUAAAUCUCAAUGUUUUAGUGGUGACUGUGCAGGUUUACUUGAUUCUAACCCAAAAGGUCAUUUCUACAGUUGCUUGGAGGACCAAAGAUUGAGGAGUAACUGGACCUGUGACCUUCUUACAUGGGAUCACAGGUUGACUGACGUAUCUACUGUAAACACAGAGCGGCUUCCUUCCUCGUCCUGGUUUUAACUUCGUGUGAUCCAACAUGAAGAAGAAAAAGCAAAAGUCCAGAAAACGGAACAAAGACGACAAACCAGUGGCUAAAAAUGUUUCCUCCCAGGACUUCAGGUCCAACAGGCCGGAGUUCGAGAGCUUCCUGGGUGAGAUGAUUCGGUGGUUUUCGGACCAUCGGCGGCAGGUCGACGAGGCGUUCGGCCACAGUGACACGGACAAGACAGGAUCAGUCAACCUGAAGGAUUUCGAGCUGGGUCUGACGAACCUGGACGCCCCUUGUCAGCAGGCUCAGCUCCUCAUGCUGACUCAGCUGCUGAAGACCGCCGACGACACGAUCAGCUAUCGAGACCUGAGCGAACGGAUGCAGAGUCUGAGACUGAGUGACGGCGCAGAGAUCCACACUCAGAUUUCAGAGGACGCCUCCAGGAUGGACAGAUCUGCUGCUCAUCAGCCCGUAAACCCUGGAAAGGACAGGUUCGUCCGUCUGACUGUCAGACUGAUCCCCUUCGACCACGCUGCUGCCGCCCAUCCUGCAAAUUUUGAGGUGGUUUUGUCGAGCAGCAGCAGAGUUUUCACUCUGAUCAGAAUAAUCCAGGACCGGGUCGGGAUCCAGACCUCCAGGCUGGAGGUUUUCCGGAGCAGAGCGCCCACAGAGGAGGCCUGCCUGCCCCCGGAGAGCUCCCUGGAGGAGUGCGGCCUCAAAGGAGGGCCAGAGGAAACUCCUUCAGAGGACACUGUGUACUACGACUACAGCCUGCCGCUAACAGACUGUCCCAUUCUCAACUGUGACCACUACUUCAGGUCAACACCCGACUCUGCCGCCACGAGGAGAAGCCACUGUCCGUAAAUUACAUAACUGUGCAGUGUUGGUCAGUCGACCAGUUUGGUUCAGAUGGAAAUAUCUUAACAACUAUCGGACAGACAUGAUACUUGGCUCAGACGUUCGUGUUCCCCUCACGAUGAAGUGUAAUAACUUUUGGUUUUACUCGAACCUUUCAUCUAACGCCACCAUGAGGUUAAAACUGUCAUUUGGUUUAGGACAAAAUAUCUGCAAAGCAAGCGACAUCGGCCUCAGUUGUACUACAAAAUAUUAACAUGCUAACACCAUAGACUGUGUAAAAUAUGGACAGCAGAUCCGUCUUUACUGAUUUUUAUAUUAGGGGGAGGCGGAAGAAGCAGGACGCUGUACGGUGUUCAU